UAUAAUUGGAGAUUUUGCAGUUGGUGAUGAGAUGGGAAUUCAAUUUGAAUUAGUUAUCUCUGCUGUAUCAUGGUCUUUCUUUACUACUCCAAAGUCCAUGGGCCAUGAGAUGAGUAAUAUAAUGUAUCUACAAUGGUCUGUAUAUGAGUGGUAUACUUCUUUGUGGCCCUCCGGUAGUGGGGAAGACAUUAUUAGCAAAAGCUGUUGCUGGUGAGGCAGGUGUAAACUUCUUCUCCAUAUCGGCAUCUCAGUUUGUCGAAAUAUAUGUGGGAGUUGGUGCUUCUCGUGUACGAGCGCUCUAUCAAGAAGCAAGGGACAAUGCUCCAUCUGUUGUUUUCAUCGAUGAACUGGAUGCUGUUGGAAGGGCACGUGGUUUGAUUAAGGGGUCUGGUGGGCAAGAACGUGAUGCUACUUUAAAUCAGCUUCUUGUAUGCCUGGAUGGGUUCGAAGGCAGAGGAGAAGUCAUUACCAUUGCUUCUACAAACAGGCCAGACAUUUUGGAUGCAGCACUUGUGAGACCAGGGAGGUUCGACCGGAAAAUACACAUACCCAAGCCUGGACUGAUUGGCCGUGUUGAAAUUCUGAAGGUUCAUGCUAGGAAGAAACCAAUUGCCCCUGACGUGGACUUCUUGGCUGUUGCAACUAUGACUGAUGGAAUGGUUGGUGCUGAGCUGGCUAACAUUAUCGAGGUUGCUGCUAUCAACAUGAUGCGCGAUGAAAGAACAGAGAUUACUACUGAUGAUUUGUUACAAGCUGCACAAAUAGAAGAAAGAGGCAUGCUUGACAAAAGAGAGAGAAUCCCCGAGAUAUGGAGGCAAGUAGCUAUAAAUGAAGCUGCAAUGGCCAUAGUUGCUGUCAAUUUCCUGGAUCUCAGAAAUAUCGAGUUUGUGACGAUUUCUCCAAGAGCUGGAAGAGAUUUAGGUUAUGUCCGCCUAAAGAUGGACCAUAUUAAAUUUAAGGAAGGGAUGUUGAGCCGGCAGUCUCUCUUGGAUCACAUCACUGUCCAACUUGCUCCACGUGCAGCAGACGAACUCUGGUAUGGGGAAAAUCAGUUGAGUACCAUCUGGGCGGAGACGGCCAAUAAUGCUCGAUCUGCUGCACGAACCUUAGUGCUUGGUGGUCUUUCCGAGAAGUAUUUUGGCUUGAACAGUUUCUGGACAGAAGAUAGAAUUGAUGAAAUUGAUUCAGAGGCGCUGCGAAUCCUUGUCGUCUGUUAUGAAUGUGCAAAAACGAUUCUUGGGAGAAACCAUGAGCUUUUGGAUGCCGUUAUGGACAGGCUCGUGGAGAAGAAGAGCUUAACCAAGCAAGAAUUCUUCGACUUAGUUGAGCUUCAUGGAUCUGUACAAACUAUGCCGCCUACCAUACUUGACAUCAGAGCCGCCUCACUGUUACAGCUGCAAAAUAUUCUUUUAGACACCGAAGAAGCAGCAGCUCGUUCGAGCAUUGUUUCAACAUGAUAGUGACUUAGUGACUUAACCAUAGUAGUACUCUUAUAAGACAUUUUCAAAAUUUUAAAAGUAUAAAUAUCAAAGCAAAUCUCAUUGGCGAAUACUCUCGAACGAGACAUUAACUGGUAAUGUAAAUCAAAUUCUUUGGAGCA